AUGACUAGAAAGAAGGUCAAGCUGGUCUAUAUAGCUAAUGACUCAACCAGAAAAGCCACUUUCAAAAAAAGGAAGAGGGGCUUGAUAAAGAAGAUAAGUGAACUGAGCACACUCUGUGACAUUCCAGCGUGUGCCCUAAUAUAUAGCCAGUAUGAGUCUCUCCCUGAUAUCUGGCCAUCCCCUUCCGGCGUGCAGCGUGUUAUCUCGCAAUUCAGAAAUAUGCCGGAGAUGGAACAAGGGCGGAAGAUGUUCAACCAGGAGACCUUUCUCAGGCAGCGGAUCGUGAAGGCCCACGAGCAGCUCAAGAGGCUGAGGAAAGAGAACAGAGAAAAGGAGGUGUCCAGGGUGAUGUUCCAGACCCUCACUGGUAGGCCUCUUCAGGGACUGAACAUGAUCGACCUGAACGACCUAGGAUGGCUAAUCGACCAGAACGUGAAGGAGCUUGGUGAGAAGAUUAAAAGCAAGAGAGAGGAGCUGCUGGCUCAGAGAAGUGAAGUCACAGUGGCAGCACCAAAUGCAGCAGCUUUGCCUGCUAGAGCUGGAGACCAUGGCAUGGACCUGAACAUGCAGCAGCCAGCAAUGGAGAACACCAUGCAGAGGCCUCCAUGUUUCUCAGAUGUGAUGACCUCGCAGGAGCCUAUGGGGUUUGGUGCUGCUGGUGGCGAUGAUGUGUUGCCCUUCGGAGAUCAGAAUCAUCCUGCCUUUUGGCAUAACAGUCCCUUUUUUCAUUGA